CAUGGCAACAAGCGGCUCCAACCAGCGGCGGCGCUGCCUCAACGGAUAUGCUAACCGGAAAUACAGUGAAUGGGCGGGAGGUUGAAAGUUGGAGCAUUGCGGAUGAUAAAAAAAAAUCUAUUACCAAGUUAACUAAUGUGAAUUUAAGUAAAGACGCAUCUUCCACAAGACUAGAGAUGGCGGACAGAAAUCUUGUGCAGGAGUUGAAACGUUGGGCGACAGAGGAGUUUGGUCUGCCUCCGGAUAGCCUGCCAAAUGACAGCUAUUUUAAAACGCUCUGUGUUGGGUCAGGGAAGUCGAUAUGGAAAUAUGUCAUCCAGCACGUUUUCCAACAAAGGAACGUGAGGGUCAUGCGUGGGAAUCUCCAGUGGUACAAAGUGCUACAGGACAAAGAGCUGAAGCAGACUGAGGGCCAGAGUGAGGUUGCUAAACAGAGAGAGCUACAGAGGAAGAUAGAGCAGCUGAGAGCUGAGAUCAGUCACCUGGACUCUCAGAUCAGUGGCACAGAGGAACAGUUGGCUACCCAAGAGCAGUCCAUCAGCCACACCUGGGCACAGGUGGAGGACAACCAGCGCAGAGAGCUGCUCCUCCAGGCCUUCAGGCAGCGCUGCACCUCAGACCGUGAAGUGCUCUCUGAUGACACACAAAAGAUCAGUGGGCACUGCAAGACGCUGGAACAAAUGGCCAGGAAAGCCGAGAUCGAAGUGCUAUUUGAUCAUAAGCCUUCCAGUGGGAGUGAUAGUGAUGGCCUCAAAUGCAAAGCUGCAGCAGAGGCACAGGUCCUGCGUGAAGUGAGAGAGCUAUGUGACGACAGGGUCCACUUCUAUCAGUCUUUACAGGAGAGUGAACUGAAGACUUCUCGUUCUGCAGCCAAACAAAUGACUCGUGAACAGAGGACUGCCGUGUUUCAGUACUGGCUGAGUGCUGUGGAGAACAUGCUGGGUCGUUAUCCACCAAACCAUGUCCUCUCGGCGUUGGAGCAUUUAGCAUCCAGAGAGCAGAGGGAACUAGAGCAGAAACUCUCCUCUCUAGAUGUGACACGGGAUGUGACAGCUCUACGGUUCCGCUACGAAAAUGAUCAUCUACUGGACAUAUCAGCAGAAGAGGAUAAUGAGUUGCCCUCAGUUAAGACACUCUUAGAGGCUGCUUGGAAGGAGGUGGAGCAGAAUUUAGUGGAACUGGCCCAGACUCGCUCCAGAGUCCAGAAGCUCCAGAACCAGCUGCAGGCCCGUAAGAAGGAGGCUGAGCUUGAGGUGUCUGUUACUGCGGAUGAGCUCCACAAUGAUACCUUAGCACUUUCAGCUUUAGAGAUGGAACUCCAGUGUGUGAUGCAGGUGGCGGCCAGGGAUCAUAUCAGAGACUGGUGUAUCCAACUUGACCAACAUGCCAGAAAUCGUCAGGAGGCCGUUAGCAACCUCCGCAGCCAGUGGCAGAGCAUCCUUGACUUCAGACAACUGGUGGUUCUUAGACAGGAGCAUAUCAGAGGUCUGAUUAAGGGGAACUCCAUGGCCAAGAUGGAGCUGAUCCGACUGCACACUGAGUUACAGGAAUUUGUCCAGGGCAAACUGGCACCGCAGUUUGGAGAAGUCACAGCUGCAGCCAACAUUCUGAGGAACUCCAUUUCCAAGGAUGCUAGACAGUUGGGAAUGGUUCCUCUUCUUGCACUGGAUCGGAGGACUGUUGAAGGAAUGCAAAGAGUCCCUGCAUCGUGGUUGUCCAUCCAUCGCUUGCUGUCCCCGACCUUCAGCAGCUUGUGUCAGAGCCUGGCAUUCCCACUCUACAGGGCUCCAGAGGAGCUGUGUUCCCAGACGCGCUCCCAGCAGCUUGAGUUGCGUUUUCUCUGUCAGUUACUGCAACUUCACUCUGCUACUCUGCAGAAAAUACAGAAGGAAGCAGAGCUGCUGCAUGCAUCUGAUCAGAAUGCUCUGCUGUCCAGAGUUGUGGAGGAGGAUCAGAAGCUUCUGAAGGCUCUCAUACCAAGAGUCAGAGGCCUCACCCAACGCUGUGCCCAAGGACUUUCUUAUGGGGCCCAAGUCAAAACUGCAAUCUCCUACUGGUGGGAGAAGCCUGCCCAGCAUGUCCUACCUGAGGUCAGUAAAGGAGGACUGACUUAUCAGCAGUGGCUACAAAGGUGGAAACUUGCUGCCAAAGCCUCUUAGGGGACGCCUUACAGUACCUUUCAGUGGCACAAUAACAUACUACAGUAGUUAGAAAAUAAAACGAUGGUUAUAACUAUAUCACUCUAUUGUUUUUCUCACAUUGUUCAUGCUUGUUACCCCUCUGUGUGUUUAAUAAAUCAUUUUAAAUCCACUCA